GAGUAGGGUAUCUACCCAUUUUUACCCUACUUUUCAUGGUCAGACUCAUUUGUGCUUUUCAUCCAUACUUUACUAGAAAUGUCAAUAUGAUUGAUAUGAUGUCGAUCCAUUCCUUCAAGUGUAAUGGCCAAUUUGCAGCUAUUUUUUAUGUCUAAUUUUCUGUUGAGUUUGACUGAUGAUUUAUGGGUCUAGCUUUUGGCCUUAGUACAAAGUGUCCAUCAAUGUGUUUUGGUUAGCAGGGUGUCAUUCUUUGGCUUACAUAUAUGGGUACAAAUAUGAUGGGUUCGUUUGUAUCCGAUGUAUUUUUUUUGGCCUACAAGUUGUGUUUUCAUAAAUGCUUUGAAAAAUUAAGUUGUUUUAUAUGUGCUCGCUGUUUUAAGGUGUUUGUUACAAUUUUUGUGUUCAUGGGUUUUGUGUUCAUCGUAGCCAAUUGCACUCUACUUUAAAUUUAAUUACACUAGUUUAACUUUUGCAAUUCUAGAUAUACCAACCUGCAACUAAUUGCAUUUUUUAAAGUUUAUUUUCAUCAUGGCAAAUUGCACUGCCCUUUAAAUUUAAUUGCACUACUUUAACUUUUGCAAUUCCAAGUGUACCAACUUGCAAUCGCAAUUUUCAUUUAUGUUCCUUUCUUCUAUGUUCAAAUUACUUCCACAAGUAUAUAUAUACUCUUUUUACUUUCUUUUUUGUCUGUCUUUAGUGGUAGCAGCAACACAAGCAAUGUAGAAGCAAGACCUGAGAUUAAUUUCAAAUAAGAACGUAUUAUCUGUUUGAAAGUUGCAGUGCCUUUUAAAUCAAAUUGCACCCCUUUCUGCCGUUGCAAUUCCAGCCUUUUGAAAUUGCAAUUGCACUAGGUCUUGUACAUUCAGUUAUGCAAUCUAUUUGAAAUUUGCACUGCCUUUUAAAUCAAAAUGCACCCCCUUUUCAUCUCGCUCGCUCUAUAUUGUGGCUACAUUAAUUUCCUUUGUUCUUUGGCCGAUAAGGGGUGUGAUUCCCAGGAAAUCCAGUGUCAAGAAUAAGGGGAGGAGAGGGAAGAGGGUGCGGUCAGUGGGCACUCUUGACUAUGGGGGAUUGAGCUGAUUGAGUCACGAGCGAAGAGCCAGGAGGGCAGUAUCGUGUAACCAGAUUGGCGGAGAUUAUGGCGGGGAAAGAGGAGCAGAAGUCUCGCAAGGAGAAGCGGAAAGAAGCGAGAUCCGAGAAGCAGAAGCUGCGGUUUCUCUCUUGGGUUCAGCACCAGGGUGGCAAAAACAAGAAGCCGACAAUGGCAGCUGUGGAAUCGAGUCCAGUAGAAGAGAAGAAACCAAAGAAAGAACCUAAGAAGAGGAGGAGAGAACCUGAGGAUAACCGCAAGUCCAAGUCCAAAUUCCAGGAGUAUCUUGAAAUGGAGAUGGGUGGUGUUGUGGGCGGAGAGGAGGAUCUGGAGACUGAGAGGAAGCUUGCAAAAAAGCUCCGGGUGAAGAACGGAAAGCUAGGAGGUCCGGAUGAUGGUAUGGAUGAUCUUUUUGGGGACCUCGGAUUUGGUGGCGACUUUGGUUCGGAUGGUGAAACGGAAGGGUAUAGUAGGAAUAUGGUGGAUGACAUUAAACCAGAAAAGAAGAAACGAGUAAGUAAAAGUAAGAAAGAGAAAGAUGAUGCAACAGAGGAAGGGAAGGUGAGUAAGGUAGACAAGAAGAAACAGAAAAGGAAAAAUAAGAAAGUGAAGGAUGAUGCCGUGGAGGAACCAGAUGCUGGAAGUGUGGAAAUAACUGAAGAAAAGGAUGUAACAGUUUACGAGUCUGAGGGUGGAGAGCCUAAUGUGGUUGAACAACCCGCAGUAUCAAAAGCGAAGUAUGUACCUCCGAGUCUCCGUGGUAUUGCUAGUUCAGAAGCAGAAGAAGUCUCCGUGUUACGCCGGAGAGUGAGAGGACUUCUGAACAAGCUUUCAGAGUCAAAUGUGGAGUCUAUUACCCAAGAAAUUGCUGCACUUUUUCGCUCAGUUCCGCGAAAUGUUGGCUGUCAGUUAAUUGGUGAUGAAGUUUUGGCAAGUUGUUCCAGGGGACCUCGUGGUAACGAACAGUAUGCUGCUGUAUUUGCAGCCUUUGUUGCUGGUAUGACAUGCUUGGUUGGUAUGGACUUCAGUGCCAGAAUCCUUUCUUCUCUUGCCAAUUCUUUUGAGGAUGAGUACUCCAAAGACGAUGGGCUGUCUCUGAGAAAUCUUACCUUAUUGUUCUCUUAUUUGUGCAUAUUUGAUGUCAUUGCAAGUGAUCUUGUGUAUGAUCUGCUCUCAGUGCUGAGCAAGCGCUUGACAGAGCUUGAUGUCUCAACAGUGUUAACCAUCCUACAGUGCUGUGGAAUGAAGCUGCGGGGUGAUGACCCAGGUGCAAUGAAAGAUUUUGUACUCGGUAUUCAGAACUCUGUAAGUCAGUUAAAAUUGUGCUCAGCUGGCCGAGAAGAUGGAAAAGCAGAUAUACAUAGUAAAAGAGUGGAAUUUAUGCUCGAGACAAUAUGUGACAUUAAGAACAACAAAAAGAGGCCGAAAGAGGAUCCUUCACACCAUACACGCAUAAAAAAGUGGCUUCAAAAGCUGAAAUCAGAAGAUAUCCUCUUGCGCGGGCUAAAGUGGAGUAAGCUUUUGGACCCUGAGAAGAAAGGGCAGUGGUGGUUGUCCGGGGAUGUUUCAUCCACAGCAGGCAAUGUUAAAGAUGUUGCAGCAGUUAUCAGCAAGGAGGUUGUAGAGGCACAAAAACUGGUUCGGCUUGCAGCUGCCCAGCGGAUGAACACUGACAUACGUAGAGCAAUUUUUUGCAUCAUAAUGAGUGCUGAAGACUACGUAGAUGCUUUUGACAAGAUCCUGAGACUGGACCUUUCCGGGAAGCAGGAUCGUGAAAUUAUGAGGGUCAUCGUUGACUGUUGUCUGCAAGAAAAGACCUUCAAUAAGUAUUACACGGUCCUUGCUUCCAAGCUAUGCAACCAUGAUAAAAAUCAUAAGUUCAGUUUGCAGUAUUGUCUCUGGGAUCGAUACAAGGAGUUAGAUACAAUGGAGUUGAAUCGAUCCAUGAACCUUGCAAAAUUAGCCGCAGAGAUGCUGGCGAAUUUCUCACUGUCACUUGCGAUGCUGAAGGUUGUCAACCUGGCAAACCCAGUGGAGAUGACUCCAAAACGGAUCAUGCAUUUCCGAAUGCUGUUCGAGACCUUGAUGCAGAAAGAUGAUGCGCUUGUCUGGAACGUCUUUACCCGUAUCGCUGGGAUUCCAGAGCUCGAAAUCUUGAGAGAUGGGAUUGUGCUGUUCAUCAAACAGCAUGUGAUUGCUAAGGACACCGGGAAGGAAUUGGCUGGCAGGUUCAAGAUCGCAAAGAAAGCACUUGAUAAUGCUGCUGGUGUUUUGAUGUAAUUUUUCUGCCAUUUUAAAGUGGCAACUUCCUGCCCUGGUUAUUUCUUAUGGGGUCUCAAUUUUGUUACAUAUUCUGAGAAAAAAAACAUGAAGACAACAUUCUUGUAAGUUUAGAAUGAUUUCGCAGAGUUUGUGAUUCAAUUUCUCAGAAAGUUUAUGGUGAGUAUACGUACUUUUGACUUUUGA